AUGUCCACAACUACCUAUCAAAGUAAUCAUGUUUUGACAUCAUUUCCACGACGAACUAUUCGAACGUCAUCAACAAUAAAUGCAAUGACAAAUGAUCAUUGUCAUGUUCCAUUACAAGCCAAUCAUUUUCUCAAUCCAAUACCAUCUAUACGUGAAUCAUUAUCAAAAAAUUCAACUAGUACACAAUCUUCUUUAACGUCAGAAAGUUCAACGAUAUCACAUUAUGGUUCUAAUAAAAGUGAAAAUACAUCAGUACAAUCUUCAAAACAAAUCUAUACAUUUAGUAAUCCGCCACGUGAACUUGAACGAAAUAGAAAAUAUCCACAUAAUAAUAAGUUAUGUCAACGUAUAUCAUCAGCACCCGAUGAAAGUUCCUAUCGAAAUUCUCCACGUUCAAAAUUAAAUAAACAAAAACCAUCAUCCGCUAAUGGAUCAUUAACACCACGUUCAUAUAAUGAUGAUAACCAUCAUUCUAUACAAACAAAACGUUCAACAAAUCAUGUUUUAAAAUGUGAUGAACAACAAAGAGAUUCUUUAAAUGAUCUUAUUAAAGAACAAGAAAAAUCUAAAGUUCCCAAAGUUGUUCAACGACGAAGAAUUGUUUCAUUUUUUCGUCAUUUAUCACCACGAGAAAAACAAAAUUCAUCAUCAAUACCAGAUAAUAAUCGACUGGAAAUACACGCAACUCCAAUUAUUCGAACAAAUAAUCAAAGUCAAAUUUUGCCUACAAAUUCUAAUAUUCUAAAUUCAAUUCAAAUUUCUCAAUUACCAAAUGAUAUGGAAGCCGAAAUGGUUGAUUCAAUGCAAUUAGCUGCUAUUCUUGCUAAUAUUCAAUUACAAGAUGAUUGGCUUCCAAAUCAAGUUUCAUCAGAAAAUCAAUCAACACAAUUAGAUGUAAGUAAAUACGAAUAUGUUGUUCCUAGUCCAAUAGAUUCCACAACAUCUAAAUCAUCACCACGUACAAUUAAAUCUGACGAAGAAUUAGCAGCACGAAUACGUUUUUCACAAGAUUAUCGACAUGAAAGACGUUCAAGCACUAAUGCUCUAAUACCAACUUUAAUAGCAUCGAUUGUUACAGAUGAUAAUACUAUUGGAGGAAAUUGUAUGGAUAUUGAACAAACUUUCAAAUUGAAAUUAAAUUCAACAGAUACAAUAAAAAAGCCAAGUUCUUUUGAUAAGAAUGAGCCACUUGAAUCAACGACAGAUAAUGAGUUAGUUCAAUUAUGUUAUGAUGCAACACUCAAACGUUUCUACGAUCCAAAUACAGGCAAAUAUUAUGAAUUAACAUCAGAAUAA